AUGGGGCAAAUGGGAGAGGAAGUGAGGCUCUUUGUGGGCGGCCUGGGCGCGUCCGUGGCUGCGCAGGAUCUGGAGCGCGCGUUUGGAUCACUGGGCGCCGUGCGCGCCGUGGAGAUGAUCCGCAGCGGCGAUCGCGAUUUCGCCUACAUCGAUUUCGUGGCUUCGUCGCCCGCGGCGCUCCGUAAGGUCUUCAGCACUUACAAAGGCUGUAAGUGGAAGGGAGGAUGCCUUCGCGUGGAAUUGGCCAAAGAGCACUAUCUUCAGCGAUUGGAACGAGAAUGGGCCGCCGGAAGGGAGGACCAAAAGAAGGAUGGCGAGCAGAAACAGCGGCCGAAAAUGCCGAUUGUUCCAGCGACGCGGGCGCUUAAAAUUUUUUUCCCGCGAUCACGAAAGGUGAAAGUUGUGAGUGGAGGUAAGCACAAACGGAGUUUUGAGCGCUGCGCCAGCCAUCCUCUCGCUUUGCUCGGACUGUGUAGCUGCGGAGAACACCAAGAUCAAGAGGCCACCGAUCCUUUCGAGUUUGAGCGCAGUGGCUACUUGAGGCUUGUGGAAAAAUUGGAAUCCAAGCGUUUGGAUGAGAACGGAUCGAGCCGAGAGGUGGAGGCGGCUGGAAGCAACUUGGGGUCAAGCUCCAUAGCCGAGACGAGCAAUAGCGAGAGAAAGAAGGAAGAGAAACAAAAGGAGGAUCCGAGCAGCAAACUUCCCCGUGAGACUAAGAAAGGCAAGCAAAUCGAGGUAAAAAGAAUGGAAGGCGACGUGAAUGCAUUCGUUCCAGAUGAAGAUGACUUACUCAGAGAGAAGAACAAGAAAGAGGACAAGACGAGUGGCGUGAAAGCAUCAAACUCCAAAGAGGAAAAGAACAUUACAAGUGACAAGGAGGACAAUGACAAAGUUCUUAUGGAAAAUGAAAGCGAGGAGGAAGAACUCGACGAAGAGGAUGGCGUUGUUCUCCCGGGGCUGAUAAAAAAGAGAAAGGCCAAGGUUGAAACCAACAAUACAAAGUGGGAUACUUUGUUUGAAGCCGCGGCUGGACUGAGAGAGAACGAAGAGCUCUCUGAGGACUCCUUUGAAGAACAGGACGUGGAAGAGGAAUUGGAACAUAUCCAGCUUGAUCAGAAUAGUUCGGGAAAGGUUGAUGGAAGCUCUCGCGAAACAAAGAAAAUUAACCGCGUGAGGUGGUCGUCUCGAGACACAAAGAGCGCUACAUGUAGCAAGAAAGUUCUUACGAGAGAAGAAUGCGACGAGGAAGGACUUGACGAAGAGGGUGGCAUGCUGAAAGAAAGAAGAAAGACCGAAGCCAACGCUACGAAAGGGGAUAAUUUAUUUGGAACCGGAGUUAGCGAAGCUCUCGAAGACGAGCAAGUUACAAUUCCAGAUGCAAAGAAGCACAAAUCUGGAGACCGAGCUGCUCGUCACUCGAACAAAAAGAGCCGGUCGGACAAAGCUGAUGGAAGCUCUAAAGAAGCUCUCGAAGGAAGCGAAAAUGGACCUGAGAGAAAGGAUGACCAAGUUGAUAGAAAGCAGCAGCAGGAAAAACAAAAAGAUCAGAGCUGGGUCCGGUUUAGCUCGUGGAAAUCUCUGGUUGGAGAUGGCAGCGGUGCGACAUUCUCUUUGUCAACGAUAGCAGGAGCCGAACCACAGGAAUCCAAUAGUUCGGCAAGUUUAGUGCCAAACAUCAAGAAGAAAGGUGAUAAUUCUGACGACCAACGAGCCAAAGUCACUACAGGAACAUCACUGCCGGUCAGUACCUCAAAGAGCACUAGCAACGACGUUACCGAGAGCUCACAGCACCAGCAGCCUCGGCCAUCCGUGAAAGCUCUCCUGGAGAAAAAGACUUGCUCGUUCAUGAGGUCCCCUGCCGCCGAAGAAGAAUGGCUGGCGUCCAAAGACAAGCUGAGCUUGGACUACAAGGCCAAGCACAGGAAUGCAGUGAGAAUCAAACGCAAGAGCUUUUAGAACUACAAGAGCAAAGCAAAGAAAAGAAUAACAGCCUUGUUACCCCCCAAGAAGUUUUCCGACAAAAAAAAAUUUCCUCCUGAAAAAUUAUAUGAGCC